GGAGUGCGCGCAGCCCCAAGUGCCCUGCCUGGGAGGCCCCGUCGGUGGUGGAUUCUCCCUCUGGGUGGAGAAGGACCUGUUCUCCCCCGUAGGAGUAGGGCCCCUCCUGUGGAUGCCUGCGGUGGGCGGGUGGCUGAUGGUCCUUUCAGUUGGUCAUCGGCAGGCUGAGCCCUUAGCAAGGAAAAUCAGCUUCCAGGCUCAUUCAGAUUGUUAGCUGAAGCCAUCUGCUUGCAGUUGUAGGACUGAGGUCUCUGUUUUCUUGCUGGCUGUCAGUCGGGGACACCCAUAGCAACGACUCAAGGCUGCUCUCCAGCACACACGGCCCUAGUACAUCUCAGAGCCAGCAAGGAGCGUAGAAGACUUCUCAGGCUUGGAAUCUUUCUGAGUUUUUCUCUACCGGAUCUUUUUUGUCACAUCACUUCUGCCUUUAAGGGCUGCUGUGAUUAGAUGGGGUCCACCUGGAUAAUUCAGGUCCGUAGCUUUAAUUCCUUUUGCAGAGUUCCUUUUACUGUGUAUCUAAUAUAGUCAAGGUUCUAGGGGUUAAGAUGUGGACAUGGCGAGGGGCACUCUGCCUACCACAGACACAGUCUGUGUUUUGGUCAGCAAGAUCCAUCCUACAUAUAAUGAGGUCCCAGCCAUGCCCAGUCCUAGAGCUCGCCCAGAGGAGGUGGAGAUGGAGCCAGUGGCUCCAGGACCGUCCCCUGGGACCCCUUCGGCCCCAUCCUGCACUCCUGCCAUGACCCAUCCUGGAUCUGCACUCCUCAGUGCCCUCUGCUGCAGUGAAGCUGAGCCAGGAGCUGUCCCUGCUUCUCAUCACCAUUCAGAUUGUGACACUGGGACUGAGAACAAGGAGCUCCUUCAGAUAGAAGAAGUUUCUGAGGAUUUGGAAUCAGAUGCAGAAAUAGCAGAAAGCUAUGUCAGUGAUGCUUCCCAGGCACCUGAGCUCAGAGAACUCUGUGAUGACAUACUGGAAAGAGAAUGGAGAGUUCCUGAAGAUGAGAGACUGGUGCAGUCCCUAUGCCAGGAAGGGGACUGCACACCUAUGACGGUGCUCUUUAAGGAGACUUCGACAGAAGUGAAAGUGCUGGACUGUAAUGUUUUGGGGAGGCACUUCAGUCUGAGCCCAAACCCGACAGCAUGUCAGGGAAUGUCUACAGAAGAGGGGUCAUGUCUGUACGGCAUGUGUGGCCAGAGCUUCCACUAUAGCAUGGACCUUACUAGCCAUGAGGUGGGUCACACACCCGACAGCCGGUUCAUAUGUAGUGAAUGCGGAAAAACCUUCAGAGGAAGCUCUGGUCUUACUCAGCAUCAGGUGAUCCACAAUGGAGAGAAGUCCUUUGUAUGUAGUGAAUGUGCAAGAGCCUUCAGCCAGAACUCAGUUCUUAAAAACCACCAGAGAGCUCACUUGAGUGAGAAGCCCUACCAGUGCAGUGUGUGUGGGAAAGCCUUCAGUGUGCACUCCAGCUUUGUCAGGCAUCAGAUCAGCCACAGUGGAGAGAAGCCUUAUGUAUGCAAUGAAUGUGGAAAAGCCUUCAGCCAGAACUCAAGCCUUAAAAAGCAUCAAAGGUCUCACAUAAGUGAGAAACCCUACGAGUGCAGUGAAUGUGGGAAGGCUUUUAGGCGGAGCUCAAACCUCAUCCAACAUCAAAGAAUUCAUUCUGGAGAGAAACCGUAUGUGUGCAGUGAGUGUGGGAAGGCCUUCAGGCGGAGCUCAAACCUCAUUAAACACCACAGGAUUCACACGGGUGAGAAGCCUUUUGAGUGUAACGAGUGUGGAAAAGCAUUUAGCCAGAGCGCACAUCUGAGGAAGCAUCAAAGAGUUCACACGGGAGAAAAACCCUAUGAGUGCAAUGACUGCGGUAAACCAUUUAGUCGGGUGUCCAACCUCAUUAAGCAUCAUAGGGUUCACACCGGAGAGAAACCCUAUAAAUGCAGUGACUGUGGAAAAGCAUUUAGUCAGAGCUCAAGCCUUAUUCAGCAUCGGAGAAUUCACACUGGAGAAAAGCCUCAUGUGUGUAAUGUGUGUGGAAAAGCCUUUAGUUAUAGCUCAGUGCUCAGAAAGCACCAGAUCAUACAUACGGGGGAGAAGCCAUAUGAAUGUGGUGUCUGUGGGAAGGCCUUCAGCCACAGCUCGGCCCUGAUUCAGCAUCAGGGCGUACACACAGGUGACAAGCCCUAUGAGUGCCGUGAGUGCGGGAAGACCUUUGGCCGCAGCUCCAACCUUAUUCUUCACCAGAGAGUUCACACUGGGGAGAAACCGUAUGAAUGUACUGAGUGUGGAAAAACCUUCAGCCAGAGCUCAACCCUUAUUCAGCAUCAGAGAAUUCAUAAUGGAUUAAAGCCCCACGAAUGUAAUCAGUGUGGCAAAGCCUUCAACCGAAGCUCAAAUCUCAUUCAUCACCAGAAAGUUCACACUGGAGAGAAGCCCUACACAUGCAUGGAAUGUGGUAAGGGCUUCAGCCAGAGCUCACACCUUAUCCAGCAUCAGAUCAUCCACACUGGUGAGAGACCCUACAAAUGCGGUGAGUGUGGGAAAUCCUUCAGUCAGCGCUCAGUCCUCAUCCAGCACCAGAGGAUUCACACUGGAGUGAAGCCCUACAGCUGUGCCACCUGUGGGAAAGCCUUCAGCCAGCGGUCAAAGCUGAUCAAGCACCAACUGAUUCACACAAGGGAGUAGCCUGUUGGGUUGAUGGGAGUGAAUUUCAGUGUGGCUUCCUCUCCAGCUCCUCUCUGGCCAUUGUCUUGGCCUCUUACUUUCCGGACAUAAAGCCCAGAAUCCCUCCUCACUGCCCCUCCACUCCAAUGUCCAGCCACCUACCAAGCCCAGGACCCUCCUUCUCAAACCCACUACCCACUGUUCUGCACCUCUAGUCACCUCUGCUUUUUUUUCCCUUCCUUUUUUAAAUAAUUUGUAAGCACCUUGCUGCAUUUCUUGGGAAGGGGGAAAAUUAUGAAGGUUGAGUAUUCAUGAAUAGAAUUUAUUAUUGUAAUCAAACCUUACCAAAAAUGUAAACUGACAGUUGACUUGAGACAACCACAGUAGGCUUCUUGUUUGGUAAUUAGUUGUGAGUAGUAAGUCCUUUGUCAAUGGCUAUAAUAGAAACCCUAGUUACAUAAAAUCAAGUUCAGAGUUUUAGGUUCCUCUGAUUGCUGUCACCCUCUCCUAAAGGUGGCACAUGCUCAUAACCAUCAAGUUCCUCAGCCUUUGGUUGUCUGUGUGCAAUCCAAGUCAUGCUUUCUCAUCCUCCCUAGUUAGCUGUGACUCCCAACCUCCAGUUUGUACCUCAUGGCCCUGCCUACAGCCCCACAAAAGCUCUCCCUCUCCACACACCUCUUCCUUCCCACAAGCUUUCGGGCUUGGUUUUCUCCCAGAUCUGUUCAUCAGCGAGCAUUUAUGAAGUGCCGUGUCUUUCUGACAUCCCCACUUUUUAGCACUUCCUUUACUUUUCUAGCACUUCCUUUACUUUUCUAGCACAAGAUACUCUACACUCAAUCUGUCCUUUCCCUGCCUCAGCCCUGGAAUUAGCCACUUACCAAGGAGUCCUAGUCCCGUUUAGUGGAGAAUGGUUUUUAGAAACCAAGAAGUGGGUGUUAGCUGUGCUCACUGCUACUGGGGUUAUCAUUGCUUCUGGGCCCUAAGCAGACAGCUAGGAAAUAAAUGUGUAGUUAUGGUAGUCAGAUGGUUAAGUGCUUGGCUGCUAACUGAAAGGUUGGUGGUUCAAGUCCACCCAGAAGAACCUCAGAAGAAAAGCCUGGUGAUCUACUUCCAAAAAACCAGCCAUUGAAAACCCUAGGGAGCACAAUUCUACUGUAAUACACAUGGGGUCACCAUAAGUUGGAAUUGAUGGUAACUUUUUGGUUUUGUGUUUUUUUUUUUUUUUAAAUGUAUACACACUGUGUCAUAUCAACUUCUGCACCUAUCAAUAUAUUAAAAAAACAUGAGUUUUUACUGAUUCUGCCAAUUCCAAUCCAUCACUAUAGGGCUCAUUCUGCCCUUCUCCACUUUUCGUAUUUGUAACUCCUUUUUGACAGAAAUUUGAUUCCUAUCAUCCUUAGUAUAUUUACUGAUCUGCUCUUUUUGUAGCAAAAGUACAAAAGUAGCUUCAGAAUUUGCCAACUCAUAACCAAAACCAAACCAAACCCACUGCUGUCAAGUCGAUUCCAACUCAUAGUGACCCUAAAGGGCAGAAUAGAACAGCUUCAUAGAGCUUCGAAGGCUGUAAAUCUUUACAAAAGCAGACUGCCACACUUUCCUCCUGCAGAGCAGUUAGUGGGUUCAAACAGCUCUUGGUUAGUAGCUGAGUGCUUUAACCACUGUGCUACCAGGGCUCCUAAUCCAUAACCAUUAGGUAAAAACAACCUAUGAACUAGAGUUCAAGAUUUGUGUACAAGCUUUUUUCCUCUUUGAUUUGAGGACAUACAAUCAAAAAAUCGUGUACAAAGUUAGUUGAGUCUUUGGAUUGUGUUUGUUUUUUUCAGCUUUCACAGUGAUUAUGUUAUUCAAUUUUAACACAAUUAGGCUUUAAUUCCGUUAUAUUCCAUGUUAGUGUUUUCCCCUUGUUCUUGUUGAUUUUUUUAAUAUGUAAAUAACCUCUAUUUUUAAACUAUAAAAUUCUACAGAGGGAUGUUAGAAGAGAGACAUGAACGUUGUUGUUAUUAGGUGCCAUCGACUCAGUUCCAACUUAUAGCAACCCUGUGUACCACAGAACAAAACACUGCCCCGUCCUGCACCAUCCUCACAAUUGUUGCUAUGCUUGAGCUUAUUGUUGCAGCCACUGUGUCAAUCCAUGUCAUUGAGGGUCUUCCUCUUUUUUGCUGACCCUGUACUUUACCAAGCAUGAUGUCCGUCUCCAGGGACCGAUCCUUCCUGAUAACAUGUCCAAAGUGUAUGAGACAUAGUCCCGCCAUCCUUGCUCCUAAGGAGCAUUCUGGCUGCACUUCUUCCAAGACAGAUUUGUUCGUUCUUUUGGCAGUCCAUGGUAUAUUCAAUAUCCUUCGCCAACACCACAAUUCAAAGGCAUCAAUUCUUCCAUCUUUCUUAUUUGCUGGCCAGCUUUCGCAUGCAUAUGAGGUGAUUGAAAACACCAUGGCUUGGGUAAGGCACACCUUAGUUUUCAAGGUGGCAUCUUUCUUUUUCAACACUUUAAAGAGGUCCUUUGCAGCAGAUUUGCCCAAUGCAGUGCGUCUUUUGAUUUCCUGACUGCUGCUUCCAUUGGUAUUGAUGGUGGAUCCAAGUAAAAUGAAAUCCUCUUCAUAAAAUGAAAUCUCGUCUCCGUCUAUCAUGAUGUUGCUUGUUGGUCCCGUUGUGAGGAUUGUUGUUUUCUUUAUGCUGAGGUGUAAUCCAUACUGAAGGCUGUGGUUUGAUCUUCAUCAGUAAGUGCUUCAAGUCCUCUUCACUUUGAGCAAGCAAGGUUGUGUCAUCUGCAUAAUGCAGGUUGUUAAUGAGUCUUCGUCCAAUCCUGAUGCCUCAUUCUUCUUAUAGUCCAUCUUCUUGGAUUAUUUUGCUCAGCAUACAGGUUGAAUAGGUAUGGUAAAAGGAUACAACCCUGACACACACCUUUCUUGACUUUAAACCAUCCAGUAUCCCCUUAUCCUGUUCAAACAACUGCCUCUUGAUCCAUGUACAGAUUCCUUAUGAGCACAAUUAAGUGUUCCGGAAUUCCCAUUCUCUGCAACGUUAUCCAUAAUUUGUUAUGAUCCACACAGUUGAAUGCCUUAGCACAGUCAACAAAACAUAAACAUCCUUCUGGUAUUCUGUGCUUUCAGCCAGGAUCCAUCUGACAUCAGCAAUGAUAUCCCUGGUUCUACAUCCUCUUCUAAAUCCGGCUUGAACUUCUGGCAGUCCCCUAUAGAUAUACUGCUGGAGCCGCUUUGGAACGAUAUUCAAAAUUUUGCUUUCAUGUGAUAUUGAUAUUGUUUGAUAAUUUCCGCAUUCAGUGGGAUCACCUUUCUUGAGAAUAGGCAUAAAUAUGGAUCUCUUCCAGUUGAUUGACCAGGUAGCUGUCCUCCAAAGUUCUCAGCAUAGACAAGUGAGCACUUCCAGUGCUGCAUCUGUUUGUUGAAACAUCUCAAUUAGUAUUUCAUCAAUUCCUGGAGCUUUGUUUUUCGCCAGUGCCUUCAGUGCAGCUUGGACUUCUUCCUUCAGUACCAUCGGUUCCUGACCAUAUGUUACCUCCUGAAAUAGCUGAACACUAACCAAUUCUUUUUGGUAUAGUGACUCUGUGUAUUCUUUCCAUCUUCUUUUGAUGGUUCCUGUGUCGCUUAAUAUUUUCCCCCACAGAAUUGGUAUUGCAACUUGAGGCUUGAAUUUUUUCUUCCGUUUUUACAGCUUGAGAAAUAACAAGUUUGUUCUUCCCUUUUGGUUUUCUAUCUCCAGCUCUUUGCACAUGUCAUCAUAAUACUUUGUCUUCUCGAGUCGUCCUUUGAAAUCUUCUCUUCAGCUCUUUUACUUUAUCUUUUUUUCCUUUUGCUUUAGCUACUUGAUGUUCAAGAGCAAGUUUCAGAGUCUCUUCUGACAUCUAUUUAGGUCUUUUCUUUCUCUCCUGUCUUUUAAAUGACCUCUUGCUUUCUUCAUGUAUGAUAUCCUUGAUGUCAUUCCAUAACUCACCUGGUCUUUGAUCAUUAGUGCUCAACGCAUCAAAUCUGUGCUUGAGAUGGUCUCUAAAUUCAGGUGGGAUAUACUCAAAGUUGUACGUUGGCUCUUGUCGACUCGUUCUAAUUUUCUUCAGUUUCAGCUUGAACUUGCAUAUGAACAAUUGAUGGUCGGAUCUGCAGUCAGCCCCUGGCCUUAUCCUGACUGAUGAUACUGAGCUUUUCUGUCAUCUCUUUCCACAGAUGUAGUCGAUUUGAUUCCUGUACUCCACCUGGUAAGGUCCACGUCUAUAGUUGCUGUUUAUGUUGGUGAAAAAAGGUAUUUGCAACGAAGAAGAAGUCGUUGGUCUUGCAGAAUUCAGUCAUGCGAUCUCUGGCAUCAUUUCUAUCAACAAGGCCAUAUUUUCCAACUACCGAUCCUUCUUUGUUUCCAGCUUUCACAUUCCAAACACCAGUAAUUAUCAGUGUAUCCUGUCUGCAUGUUCAAUCAAUUUCAGACUGCAGAAGCUGGUAAAAAUCUUCCAUUUCUUCAUCUUUGGCCUCAAUGGCUGGUGUGUAAAUGUGAAUAAUACUUGUAUUAAUUGAUCUUCCUGGUAGGUGUAUGGAUAUUAUCCUACCACUUGCAGCAUCGUAGUUUAGGAUAGAUCUUGAAAUGUUCUUUUUGAGAUGAAUGCAACAGCAUUCCUCUUCAAGUUGUCAUUCUCGGCAUAGUAGGCCAUAUGAUUGUGAUUCAAAAUGACUAAUACCAGUCCAUUUCAGUUCACUAAUGCCUAGGAUGUCAAUCUUUAUGUGUUCUAUAUUAUUUUUGAUGAUUUCCAAUUUUCCUACAUUCAUACUUUGUACAUUUCAUGUUCUCUCAUACUUUGUACAUUUCAUGUUCUGAUUAUUAAUGGAUGUUUGCAGGUGUUCUCAUUUUGAGUCAUGCCACAUCAGCAUAUGAAGGUCCUGAAAGCUUGACUCCAUCCACACAUCAUUAAGGUCGACUCUACUUGGAGGACGCAGCUCUUCCUGAGUUGUAUUUUGAGUGCCUUCCAACCUGAGGGGCUCAUCCUCUGACACUAUAUCAGACAGUGUUCUGCUGCUAUUCAUAAGGUUUUCACUGGCUACUUCUUUUCAGAAGUAGAGCGCCAGGUCCUUCUUCCUCAUCUGUCUUAGUCUGGAAGCUCAGCUGAAACCUGUCCACCAUAGGUGAACCUGUCAACCAUGGGUGACCCUGCUGGUAUUUGAAUACCGGUGGCAUAGCUUCCACCAUCACAGCAACACAUAAGCCCCCACAGUACGACAAACUGACAGACACGUGGGGGGAGACAUGAAUAACGAAGUAUAUCUUGUUCAUGCAUAGGAAGACUCAAUAUUGUGAAUAUGAAAAUUCCUCCUAAACUGACCUAUGAGUUAAAUACAGCCCCAGUUGAAAUCCUAAUAGAAAAGGUUUGGGAACUAGUCCAAAUUAUCCCAUAGUUCAUCUGGAAGAAGACACAUGUAAGCAGAGUAGCCAGGUGUCUUCAGGUUUGUUUGGUGGCAAAUAAAGAUAUCCACCCAGACCAGCAUAAGUUAGAACGGGAAUUUAUUGGAGCACUGCAGGCAUAUCCAUUCGAUGGCAUUGAGGACAGGAAGUGGAGGCACUAUCAGCAACAACUGCAAACUCUUUGUUCAUCUUCAUAUCCACUUCAUUCUCUAUUAUUUUCUCAGGCUUGGGAAAGAAAUCUCCAUUAACACCCAGCUCACCCUUAAGGCUUUACAUGGUAGCUUGAUUCCAAGCUAGUGAUGUAAAAAUUUAUGCAUGGCCUGGAUCACCUUGC